AUGGUGGAGUCAGAAAAAACCAUUCUUCCCAUUUUCUACGGCGUCAAGCCGGGCGUUGUUUGCCGCCAGCAAGGAACAUAUGGAGAGUCCUUCGUCGAUCAAGAAAAGCGCAGUGAUACCGAGACAAUCAGUAAGUGGAAGACUGCUCUGGCAAAUGUUGCUGGGGUAAAGGGAUUCGAAUUGGAGGAUGUCAGAAGUGGGUAUCACGAGCUUCUAAGGAAUGUCGUUUCUAAACUUUGGCAACUCUUGGAGAUGGGUAAGGAAGACGUGACUGAAAAUUUAGUUGGAAUACACAGCAACGUGCAGGAGAUGAUGCGAAAGCUUGGUGUCCAUAACGAAGACGGACAAGUUGCCGAGGGAAGAUGCGUGGCUGCAGUGUGUGGUCUUCCCGGAGUUGGCAAAACCACUCUCGCAAAGGUGGUAUACAACAAAAUCAGUCACUUCUUUGAUGCUUGCAGUUUCCUUAAAGACGUCCGGGAUGAGAUUGUACAAAAAAAUUUGGUAUCUCUGCAGAAUAAGUUAAUUCGAGAUCUCAAGAGAGGAAAUUUCCAAGAAGUGAAAUUCUCCGAUCAAGGCACCAAAGUUAUAAAAUGCCAAUUCCGACGAAAAAGAGUUCUCAAUGUCUUGGAUGAAGUGGACGACUUCGAACAAAUCAAACCACUGGCCGAGAAUCUGACUUGGUUUGGUCCGGGAAGUAGGAUCGUCCUAACAACCCGAAGGAAAGAUGUUAUUAAGCAUUACAAGAUUCAAGAAAUCAAUGAACACGAGGCCUUACCUAUGAAUGAAAAUCAUGCUCUAGAACUUUUCUGUAAGCAUGCUUUUCGACCGGGUCAUCCCGAUGACUACGGUUCUCUGCCAACCGAAAUCAUUUCGGCCGUUGGGAAGCUUCCUUUUGCUAUUGAAAUUGUGGGGUCAUAUCUGAAUGGGAAGAGCCCAGAAAUAUGGAGAGAGACUUUGGAUAAAUUAAAAGGAGAGCUGGAAAAAGGAGUGGAACCAAUGUUGAAGGCAUGUUAUGAUCUUUUGGACGAAAACACAAAAGAUAUAUUCCUUGAUAUAGCAUGUUUCUUUAUAGGGGUUGAUAAGACAAUCCCCUAUUACAUGUGGGAUGCCCAUAAACGUUUCCCAAAUAGAGGUGUUCAUGAACUUCAAAAUAGGUCUUUCAUAAAAAUUAGCGAAGAAAAAGAGUUUUGGAUGCAUGACCAAUUAAAAAUCCUAGGAAGAGAACUUGUGAAGAAGGAAAAUCCUAAAAACCCCGGGAAGCGCAGUAGGCUAUGGGAUUACAAAGAUGUCCAAACAACAUUGCGAAAAAAGAAGUGUACUGAAAAUGUUGAAGCUCUCCGUGUAACCCCCAAUUAUAAUCAAGAUGAACCGGAAUGCGACUGUCCUCAUUACGACAAUUUUCAUCAUCUAUCAAAUCUGAAGUUUCUUGAAUUGAAUAAUGUUGGUAUUGAGGGAAAUCCUGAGAAUCUUCUACUUUCAAACCUAUUAUGGCUUGAUUGGCAUGGAUGCCCUGAGAAAUCUAAUUUGUUUGCAUUGGAUAUGAAGAAACUGGUAAUUCUCAACUUAUGUUCAAGCCGAGUCACAUUGAACUUGGAAGACUGGGAAAAUCUGAUGCUGAAAGCUGGGAGUUUGAAAGUCUUGAAUCUAAAAGGCUGUCCCUGGAUCACUGCAUCUCUGGAAUUCCCUGCCUCGAUGCCUUUAGAAUGCUUGAUCCUGGAAGGUUGUUUAUUAUCAACUCCAACAAUUGAUGAAUCCAUUACUAGCUUAGAAAAUCUAGUUUCCUUAAACAUGAAGCGUUGCACAUCGAUGAAACAUUUGCCACCAGCACUGUGUUCCCUGAGAGCAAUGAAAGAGCUUCUGAUUGACGGAACUAAAGUUGAAAGACUUCAUUUUGAGGAAGGCUCUUUGCCAGCACUGGAAAUCCUCAGUGCUUGCGAAUGUGAAGUAUUGGGUGAAGUCACUGAUUCCAUUGGAUUAUUAAAGAAUCUUUGGAAGCUUACUUUAAGAAGUUGCAAGCGGCUAAAAGGACUUCCACAUUUCAUUGGAAAGCUUGUUGGGCUACAGGAAAUGGACCUGUCGUACACCUUAAUCAAUGAAUUACCUUCUUCUGUCAAGGAAUUGAAAAAGCCUGAAGUGCUAAAGAUGGUUUAUACUGACCUAGAAGAGUUUCCUGAAACCAUAAAAGAUCUUGAGAAGCUUCAAGAGUUGGAUUUCACCCACUGCAAAAGUUUGAGUGGAGAUUGCAGCAUCACAGGAUUGUCUUCUUUGAGAAUCUCGAGAUUAAAAUGUACAAGAAUUUCUCGCGUGCUCAUUGGAGAUUAUGGGCAUUCUAAUCUCUACGUCCUUGAGGAAGAUGACGGCGUCGAGUUUAUCAAUCCUCUCGCAAUUUCGCUUUAGGUCAGACCUUCUUAUCGACAAAAUGUAGAUGAUUCUGUGGAUGUCAUGCUUUAGUCUCGAAGGUUCAAAACUAAGGUAUGUCUUGGAAAUUUCUUAUCCAUGUGGGCUUAAACGAGUAAGUGGAUAACUGAGAAAGUUGACUUCGUCAAAUGGCUCUUCUCUUGAUAGGUUACAUUACUAUUGAUGUCAGAGCCAUUGAAUUUUGCAUUAGUGGGCAUGAAUUGAUGUCAAGCUAUGUUUCUAAAAAGCUUGAACUUGAAGUGCGAUCAUGUAUUUGGAAAGACACUACUCUUCGUUCCUUUUU